CCUCAAGCACCAUCCAGCUUUUAUUGCCCUAUCUCUAUGGAGCUCAUGGCAGACCCAGUAAUGGUGGCGACGGGGCAUACUUAUGACCGCCAAUGCAUUGAGAAGUGGCUGGCGCAAGGCAACCGAACGUGCCCUGUCACCGGCAUGCGAUUGAGGCACUUGGAACUUACACCUAAUUACGCCUUGAGAACAGCAAUU